UCUUGCCCGCCGCUUGGGCUUUGCUGCUCCCUCAGCCUCUUUUGUUCGGCUUCCUUAUCAUCUUUUGGGCGGCAAGGGGCUCCGAGGCUCUGGAUCCCGGCGCUCGGCUGCUAGCCCAAGGGCGGCAGCGCUUCUCCUGCUCCGGCGGGAUUUGGCGCCCGGCCCUGGCGAUGGUUGCUUGGGACCUGCGGCUGCUGCGGCGCCCGUGGUUGACGAUGUCCUGCUAGGGCCUCCUCGGCUCUCUUAAGCGCCAUGCCUGCAGUGUCAGCUGUGGUCCUUCUCUCUCUAGCAACCUGAGGAAGCCGAGGGGACGGACGUGCUGUGCUUCCAGCAACAGAAGGUCAAAUUUACGGAUGCUGGGAUGCCAGGUGGCAAAGCGGAUGCUGGCGGCAAUGCUGCUGCCGCCGUCCCACGGAGGUCUGAGGCCAAGGAAGGGGUGGCACAAAGAGAGGAGGAACAGGAAGAAGAUGGAGAUGAAGAUCUCCGAGAUGGGGGCGUCCCUUUCUUUGUAAACCGGGGAGGGCUUCCCAUCGAUGAAGCCACUUGGGAAAGGAUGUGGAAGCAUGUGUCCAAGAUCCACCCAGAGGGCGAAAGAGUGGCGCUGAGAAUCCGGGGAGUUGCUGACCUACCCAAGAUUCCUAUACCAAGUGUGCCUACGCUCCAGCCGUCAACUCUUGUCCCUGAGCGCCUGGAAGCUAUACAGCGCUAUAUCAGGGAACUUCAGUACAAUCAUACUGGGACACAGUUCUUUGAAAUCAAGAAAAGCAGGCCUUUGACUGGGCUGAUGGAUCUGGCCAAAGAAAUGACAAAAGAGGCCCUACCAAUCAAGUGUCUGGAGGCUGUGAUCCUCGGAAUUUACCUCACCAACAACAUGCCAACACUGGAGCGGUUCCCCAUCAGCUUCAAAACCUACUUCUCAGGGAACUACUUCCGCCAUAUUGUGCUGGGAGUGAACUUUGGGGGCCGCUAUGGUGCACUGGGCAUUAGUCGGCGUGAGGAUCUCAUGUACAAGGCACCCACUUUCCGCACACUGAGUGAAUUGAUCUUUGACUAUGAGGAGGCGUACCGGCGCUGCUGGCAUACCCUUAAAAAGGUGAAGCUUGGGCAGUAUGUUUCCCACGAUCCACACAGUGUGGAGCAAAUUGAAUGGAAACACUCCAUCUUGGAUGUGGAGAAGCUGGGCCGAGAGGACCUUCGCAAGGAGCUUGAAAGGCACUCCCGUGACAUGAGACUUAAGAUCAGCAAAGGAACAGGGCCACCAUCACCCACCAAGGAUAGGAAGAAGGAUGUAUCGUCUCCACAGCGAAGUCAGUCGAGUCCACAUCGUCGCAACAGCCGGACAGAGAGGCGGUCAUCAGGGGAGAAGAAACCUACAGAGCCCAAAGCCAUGCCAGAUCUUAAUGGUUACCAAAUCAGAGUGUAAAGCAUCCCUUGCCAUUCGUGAGCCACUUGCUGGAAAGCGUCUGGAUUGAUUCUGCCUGCAGGGUGUGCAACAGAGGAAUUGGGGGGGUUGCACACAGCUGUCAAGAAGUAAGGGGUUCUCCCCCAAAGUAUUUCUUGAAGCUCUGCUUCAGGAGCUUUACUUUGCAAAUGACAGGGCAUUGACUUCAGUGAUGUACAUGAAGAGAUGUUUCUAAACUGAGCAACUAAACAAAACUCUUAGAAGUAGCAGUCCUGCCAGUCGGUGAUUCAGUGUCUGUAGUAUUGAUCAGGAAAGGAAGGUAUUGUUCAUCCAGAGCUCGAAUGCUCUUGAACUUUCCUAACUCCUUAACAGGCCUUUGUCUCCUUCCUUGGAGGAAUCUAAUUAGCAUGAAGCCUCACCAAGAGGGAGAGUAGAGGCUGGGAACAGAACAGAACUGAUUCCUGUUGGAAGAAUUAUCGAAUUUUUAUCUUCUUAUACUUUUAAUAUUUUUACUAAGAUGGGGAAGUGGGGAGGGGAACAAUUCAUAUCUUCACAGAUGCCCUAAAAUCACCAUCCGGAUUCUUGAGUUCCUGUUUCAAGUGAUGGAGUGCCUUGUUUGAUGCAGCUCCCACAGCAGGGUGACUGGCUUAAUCCCCAGGAAGUCAGUCUUUAUAGAAGGCAGCUCAGAGAUGCUUGAAUUAUUGUACAUGGAAGGCAAAUUGAGGACAGCUGUAUCUUAAUUGCCUGAUAAUGGCAAUCACUCACCACGAUGCGUACAAGAGAUUGGUUGGAGACCAGAUUUCCAUGUCUUCAUUUUUCUGGUGCUAUUCUGGUGUUGAAAGUGUUGGUGGAGCAUCGUAGCCGCUCAGGUGACAGUGAAAUAGCGAAGUGAAAAGCAGGUCUCUCUUAUAAGACUUCUCAAUUACAUGUACCUUUGGAUGGAAAGGAAUGUCUUCUUUUUUUACUAGCAAACAGCCCUUUCUUUUUCUCCCUGCCAAGAUGUACAUGUGUUUUUGGUUGAAGGGAAAUUGCUUACUGAUUCUUAGGCUGUGUCUAAUGGAUCUUAGCAAUACAGUAUCAGAGGGUUUGACUUGAUGGCCUUAUAGGCCCUUUCUGAUUUCACUUAUUCUCUGAUUCUGUGUGAGGGCGAUUCAGGCCCUGAGCUUAGAAAAGUUACCUUCCUGAACAAUUCCCAGAGUCCCCAUGAGCUGAUUAGGGGAUUUUAGGUGCAAUGGUUAAAAAAAAAAAGGACACUUUCCUCAGUUCUCAUCAUCUCUUUGGUGGGACCUGUCAGAUUGUUAUGCCACUUCUUCUGGUUCUUCUUUCACCUCUCUUCUCAUUUUCCACAUUUUUCAACAUGUGGAAAAUGUUUAGAACAACAAAGGCUUUCUUUGACUGGUCUGGACCAAAGUCUUGUAUUACCGUUCUCCUUGUCCGUUAUAUUUUAAGAGUGUGUUUACACCACGGCACCUGUACAUUCUUUUCACUUACAUACAUUGUCCAUUAAAUGCGGGAGCUGGUUUUAGCAGAAGCCAGGUCUGGUUACUGUGUGAUCCUUCUCAAGGCUUAUUUCAUGUCCCCUUGCCACCACAUUGAUUUGGCGGGCGGGCGGGAGGAGGUGGAGCAGCAGUUUCACCAAGUUGUCAGUCAUUUAAAAGGAGAUGGGGUGAGCCAACACUCCCCAUAGUAUAUCUGCAUAACUGGCCUGGGUGAGUACAGACUUAAACAGAAGUUGGGGUGGGCGGGCAGUUAGUAUGGGCAGAACUUUAAAAGAAACUCACACCAUAUAAAGGGAGUGUGAACAGCAGUUAAUCCAAGAGGCUGUCAUGGGGAAUGAUAGCAUUCCCUCACCUCAGUGGAUUAAUUUAGUAUCUCAUUGGGAUGCAGUGGGAAUUGGCAGCAAUGGCCACUUCAGAGUGGCUGGG